GGAAAGUUGAUUUGGGUGAAAAUUUACUACUGAUAUAUUGCCGUUUUUUUUCUUGCGUUUAAGAUUUAAACAGCGUUAGUCAUUCUUUCUUCUUGUUAGCCGUGAUGAUCUCAUCAGAUCCUGCACCGGGCCAAGGGGACAAACCCGUCCGCCCUCUGUCAUUAUCGGGUCAUGUGGGCUUCGACGGCCUCCCCCAUCAGCUGGUCAACAAAUCAACAUGUCAAGGAUUCUGUUUCAACAUCCUCUGUAUCGGUGAAACAGGCAUUGGCAAAUCAACCCUGAUGGACACGCUGUUUAACACGAACUUUGAGAACUUUGAGUCGUCCCACUUUGAGCCCAACGUGAAGCUUUCCGCGAAGACGUACGACCUGCAGGAGGGCAAUGUGCGUCUCAAGCUGACCAUCGUGAACACGGUGGGCUUCGGGGAUCAAAUGAAUAAACAGGAAAGUUACCAACACAUUGUGGACUACAUAGACACCCAAUUCGAGUCAUAUCUGCAAGAAGAACUGAAGAUCAAGAGGUCCCUGCACAACUACCAUGACUCGCGUAUCCACGCCUGCCUUUACUUCAUUGCCCCUUCAGGACACUCCCUCAAAUCUCUGGACCUGGUGACCAUGAAAAAACUGGACAGCAAGGUGAACAUAAUACCAGUCAUUGCCAAAGCAGACGCCAUAUCCAAGAGCGAGCUCCACAAGUUCAAACUGAAGAUCAUGAGCGAGCUGGUCAGCAAUGGUGUCCAAAUCUACCAGUUUCCCACAGAUGAUGAGACCGUGUCCAGCAUCAACUCUGCCAUGAAUGGCAUCCUGCCGUUCGCUGUUGUUGGGAGCACAGAGGAGGUGAAGAUUGGAAAUAAAAUGGUGAAAGCGCGCCAGUACCCCUGGGGCGUCGUGCAAGUGGAGAACGAGAACCACUGCGACUUUGUGAAGCUGAGAGAGAUGCUGAUCUGCGUCAACAUGGAGGACCUGCGAGAGCAGACCCACACCCGUCACUACGAGCUGUAUCGCCGCUGCAAGCUGGAGGAGAUGGGCUUCAGAGACACAGACCCAGAGAGCAAACCAGUCAGCCUCCAGGAGACCUACGAGUCCAAGCGGCUAGAGUUUCAGGGAGAGCUGCAGCGGCGAGAAGAGGAGAUGAGGCAGUCGUUUGUCCAGCGGGUAAAGGAAAAGGAGACUGAGUUGAAAGAGAAGGAGAGGGAGCUGCAGAGCAAGUUUGAGCAGCUGAAGCGGAUGCACCAGGAGGAGAAAGCCAAGCUGGAUGAGAAGAGGAGGAUGCUGGAGGACGAGAUCAACACCUUCAGCAACAAGAAGGCCGCCGCCGAGCUGCUCCAAGGGCACCCCUUCAACGCCAACAGCAACCUCAAGAAGGACAAGGACCGCAAGAAUGCCGGGUUUAUGUGAAGAGAUAAAGAGGACCAAAAUUCCUGAGAUAAAGUAUUAAAUUCCUGAGAUAAAGUAUUAUACAAUCAUUUCCUUUAACAUUGCCUUCUUCACCCGUAUGUAUAUGAUAUAUUAAACGAAACGCUUCCCUGUAACCAUUUUUACUGUAUAUGUAUCACUUCUGCAGCUAGAGUGCCAAAGUUUCAGCAUCUUUACUGAAUCAGUUAUCUUUUUAUCAUAAGUAUACUUGAAGUAACGAGUUAUAUAAAAUCAGCACUCCUGCUUCAUACUGUACAUCUAUUUUUGACCAAUUGUGUUAAAACAGCCAAAAGGUCCAAUUUGGCUCAGAACAUUUGGGCUUGUACUAAUGUUGGAUGGCAUUAUAGAUUACCUCUGUUUUUCUUUAGUUCUCAAGAGUUCUGUCGUCCUGUAGUCGUGUGCAUGUGGUAUAGUAUCAGUUCUUAUGGAGGUUGCACUCAUUGUUUUGUCUCUCCCUCUGUACGUCACUGGUGGAUUUCUUUCAUGAAUCCUUUGCCACUAUUGUUUUCACAGCACUUCUUCCAGUCCAGUCACCAUAUGCACUUUCUGAAGGAGAUAAUCAUAUUUGUGCCUUGCUCAUCUUCCAAGUGCCUUGUUGAUCCUUUGCUGUUAUGAGGGGCCGGGCCUAUUCUUUGCUAUCAUUUACUUUUUUUUUUCUAACAAAGUUUGAGCAAUUUUUUACAAUAUUUUUGGUACACUUUAUAAACUAAGUCUAUAUUUAACCUAGAAUAGGUGGAUAACGGCAAAGCAGUAUCCAAUAUGAUGGGUUUUUAAUACAGCAGCAAUUAAAGCAUGACUUU